GAUCGGCUCGUUAGCCGCUUGGGUUUUGACAGGAUGGUCAAAGCUCUUGCACUUUUUUUUAUUAGUUUUUUGUUUUAUACUGUAUUUAAACAUGACCGCCGUCAGCAGAAGAGGGGGCUAUUGAAGCUCCAGACAUAAGACCCACUGCCUUAUGGUUGUUAGUGCUUGAUUUAAUACUUAACCUAUGUAAUCCAUCUAAAGGUUACAGGUGUAGUUGGUGGGUACAGGCACCCACUGCACAAUGGAGCAACCAAUGAAUCCUACUAGUUCAAGUCUGCCCUUAAGGAAAAGAGCACAGUCGCGACAUGAAUACAUUGAUCUGCUGGCCCAUCGAAGGCAGUCCAGUGAUCUUAGAUGGGCAGCCCGUGAAUGGCACUCAAGAGGCAACUACAGAUAUGGAAAUCAGCUGACACGUGAGGAGGUGUUUGACAGAGUUAUGCAGUCUGACAGAGUGAAGCAUACUAUCAGUCAGCUGGUGGUUGGUGGAAGUGAUCAUGAUGUACUUGUGGCUGAAGCUGAAGGGAUUCUGGAACAAAUGGGGCACACCCAGGAACUUGCAAUCAUCCGUCAGUUUGCUUUUGUCCUUCCAAAGAUCAUGAAGAGAUUGUAUGACAAGGUGCUCAUCAAUGAGGAUGGAGUUGAGAAGCUGCGCAGUACUUUGAUUGAGACACCUGUCGUGCUGCUGCCAACUCAUCGGUCCUACGCAGACUUCCUUCUUGUGUCAUACAUCGCAUACCAUUUUGACCUUCCUUUGCCUGUGAUUGCUGCUGGAAUGGAUUUCAUGAAUAUGGCUGUUAUUGGUGAAAAGCUAAGGGGUUCUGGAGCUUUUUAUAUCCGACGAUCAUUUAUGGAUAAUGCUCUUUACUGGGCUGUGUUUCAGGAAUAUGUCCAGACUAUAGUGAAGUGUACUGGCUCUCCAUUAGAAUUUUUCUUGGAAGGAACAAGAAGUCGGAGUGGGAAGUCGCUGCCUCCUAAGAUUGGACUUCUUGGUUGUGUGUCACAGUGUUGGUUGCAUGGAAGACUCCCAGACUUGGCUAUUGUGCCCAUAAGCAUAUCAUAUGAACGAACUCUUGAAGAAAAACUUUAUGCAUAUGAACUUCUUGGAAUACCAAAACCUCAAGAAUCAACUUCGGGUCUCUUGAAAGCAACAAGCAUCUUAAAAGAAUGUUUUGGAGAUAUUUUUGUUCAUGUUGGUGAGCCACUCUCUAUACGAGGAUUUCUUGGGCCCCUUGUGGAUAGACAUGUGCAGGCCUCCAUACCAUCACAUCUAGCACCUUUAACAAAGAAUGAGUUAUCUGCGUGUGAAGCUCUCGGUCAUCACAUGUUAAGAAAGAUCCAGUCAGGUGUUGUGGUCAGUGUGUGGAGUGUGGUGUGUAUACAACUCUUGCGUACACUCUGGACACAACAGUGGUCACUUCCAUUGAAGGUUCUUGUACAAGAUGUCUCAUGGCUCAUUGGUAUCCUGGAGAGGAUUGGUGGAAAUGUUGCUUUUAAAGGGAGAGUGGAUGAGGCUGUGAUACGCUGCCUUAAGAUUCACUGUCAGGUUGCCAGUCUUGGUGAAGAUGGAGUUGUGUAUAUACAACAAGUUCAUCAGCCGGCCUUCCAAACUGUAAGCAAUCAGGAAAAAAAAGUAAACUUGAGUGGCAUAACUGUGAAGCACGCAGUGACACACCUGAUGCUACAGCAUUACAUCAAUCAAGCCAUACACCUCCUAAUUCGACCAGCCUUGGUGGCACAAUCUUUGAUGUCACUUGGUCUAUGUGCAGGCUGUUCCCUUGAAGAGUUGCAGUCAAGAUUUAGUUUUCUCCGUUUGCUGCUGGGACAUGAUUUCAUCUUUGAGAAGAAUAUGGAAGGAAGGGACUUCAUGGAUGGUUUGUCUAUCUUGACAUGGAGUGGAGAAGUGAGUGUCAUACAAGGGCAUGUUCAUGUGAUAGGUCGAGGCAGCAGGUUAUUAAACACACUGCUCGACCUUCUGAGACCCUUCAACCUUACCUACACAUGUGCUGCACAAACCAUGGCAUCCCAGGACUGGAUAGAUAAUGGAGCACUGGUAUUAGGUAUUCAGGAAUGCAUUGAAAGAUCACUGAUGAAGUCUGGACUGUAUUCUGCACUCUCCUUGGAUACUGUGCGUCAUGCAGUACGAGCUCUGAGUAAGAUGGGUGCUCUUACCAAGGACAAAGGGAUUGAUGGUCAAAUGAUACUUGCUGGAGACACCCAAAAACUUCAUUCCAUUGUUGAGAUCUUAGGACAAACUGAUAAAAAAAUAUUGCAACCUAAACUGUAAGGAGAGACUUAGGUAAUGUUAAUACAUGUAUUGUGGUCUUGUGUGUUAGUAUCUGGUCUGCUUGAUAACACUGUUAAAAGUCACCCUGUUGUAUAGUACAGUGAAACCUUUCUAUAAAAGUUCUUAGAGCUUAAGAUACCCUCUUGUCAUGUACAGUGCAACAUCUCUAUAACAAUUGUUUAAGGUUAAAGUCACCCUCUUGUUUUAUAUAGUGAAACCUCAUAACAGCUGUUUAGGACUUAAGUCACCCUCUUUUGUUUACAGUGAAACCUCUUUGUAACAGCUGCUCACGACCUAAGUCACUCACUGUUGCAUAUGGUGAAACCUCUUUAUAACAACUGUUUACGGUUUAAGUCACUCUCUAUUAAAUACAGUUUGACCUCUCUAUAACAAUUAUUUAAGUCUAAAGUCAUCCUCUGUUGUUUUUAGUGAAACCUCUUUAUAACAGCUGUUUAGGGCUACAAGAUCUACUUCAUAAUAUGCCUCAUGAUACCAUAAAUUAAGAUUAAAGUUAUGUAAUGAUAAACAUAAUUUAUAUAUUAAAAAUCAUGAUAAUUUGAAACCCUCUGUAACCGUACUGUAAUGACACUGUACAGUACAUUCUAUUUGACUCCCCAUGUUCAGUGUGAAGGGCUAUGAACCAGAGACAAGUGUAUCUUUUGAACAGUAUAUUAAAUUUAGGAAUUAAGAAAGUAUUAUAACUAAGUGCCAACAAAUAUAAAUGAUUUUCUGUUCAAAAGAGUAAUCAAAAAAUAUUUUACUAAAUGAAUUUUAAAUAUCCUUGAAGUAGAUUUCAUUUGUAAGUCUUAAUACCAGUGAUUCUACUAUGCAACGCUACUUACCUAACAAUACACACUUAUUAUUCAGUCAGAAUCUAAAUCAAAGAUAACUUCAGCUACUUCUGGGAUAAAAGAUAUGAAGGAUUGAUCCAGACAUUUCACUUUAGGCCAAGAGUCCAUUCUACAAGUCUUACAUAAUUUGGCACUUUCAAUAUAGAUACAGAACUCAUGUCAAAUCUUAAUUACUAGUGGCUGGGAGUAAUUCAUGAAUUAAUUGCACUUUCUUGUUACAACUAAAGGGUGUUUAGAAGCAAACGUCACCAUUUCAGGUAGAAAGUAGUGAGCUGCAUCAUCCCAUCAGUGGGUGUGCAUCUUACCUAUCAACUGGGUUAACCAUAUUGGAUGCCAUGCUUCACUUCUCCAGUCCAGUUCCAGGUGACUUCCAAGCUAUCAUGGUACGAGUUCAGUCAUAAAUUGGCAUUUCCCAAUCAUGCUUUUAUUAAUGUCUUUUGUAUGUAACUUCAGUGCCUGAAGCUAGCACUAAAGUCUUCCAACAGCCUAUCUGACAAACCCCCUCUAGGAAUGUUAAUCCUGCUUUUGUUGUUAUAUGUAACAAGGAAACUAACCUUACAUACUCCAUAAUGUCACACAAUCCAUCAGCUUAGCUUCUUUAUCCAGAUAUAGGCUGACAACAGUGUUUGCUGAUGACCAGGUGCCUCUUUUUAGGAUGAACUAAAUGGACAUCCACGGGAAAGGAGCUUCAGCCUUGUUGUCUGAUAUUUCUCAUAAUUACUUUGGAUAUUGAGUUAACCUAACAUGACUUGCUAGAUGGGUUAUUGAUAUUAUAUAAUGUGAGGUUCCCACAUGGAUUUAGACAUCUGAAAGUGAGCUUUAAUUACUGUAGGAUGAUGUAGCACUGAAUUGGACCUGUGAUGAUUUUAGAAAGGGAUUUCUAAUAAUGAUUAAUUCACAUGUACUGUAUUUAGAAAAUAAUAAACUACAUAAAAAUUUUAGUUCUAGUUGUAGUUGUAGAUGUGUUGUGAGUUGUAGAUGUGUUGUGAGUUGUAGAUGGUUCAGGCAGUCACUGCAAAAGGCUGCACUAUUUACAACAUGACACAGGAGCUGCCUCCCCACGAUUCAUGCAAAAUAGGAGAGGUUAUUCAGAAUCCAUGUAGGCUUCUGGCGAUUGCAUCAAGAAAAUCUCUAAAGUUUAUUUGAGCUUGAUGAAUAUUUACACACAAUACUGUAACAAGGGUACAGUAAAAUAUGAGCUACA